AUCCUAUUUAAAUGUUUAUUACUGUCUUUUUUUUGUAUGACAAAAAUGUUAGAAGAGUUUCAAAUGGAAUAUGUAACAAGCAUCAAGACCAAAGGGUCCUGAGGACUUCAUUGAACAUGUUGGGUUUGAGUAACUUUAUUUAAGGAUGCAAUUAAGAAUACACAGAGUGCAAUAAAAAGAAUAACAAAAAAAAGAAGAAAAUACAUUUAUAAAAAGGUUAAAGAUCUUUAACAUAAGCAUUUACAAUCCAACCUCAAAUAUAUGCUGACAGAUAAACCAAGUGUCUUCCCAGUCAUCAGAGAAGCUGGAAAAUGUGACCUUUGGUUAAUGAAAACAUGUUUAUGGAAACAUUACCCAUGACCUGUGCAAAGUGUUGUGUUGAAGUUCUUCGAGAAAAAAAUGUUGUGCAAUUCUGUGAGAGUUUAAAAGCACAAAACGUCUCAACCUGACAGCUUUGUGGCAGCUGUGGAGCUGAGGGGACAGAAAAAAAAUCAGUUUAUUGAACUUGGACCAUGUACCAUGAGUAUAAACUAGAUUGAUAAUUGUAUUUCUGUCUCUUUAUUUGUAUUAUAAUAUUUAGCUUACCUGUUUUGUAACGUACAGACCAAUACGUUUCAGGUGUUAUAAAACCAGCAGGAUAUUAGCAACUGAGAGCUUAAGAUGGAAUAUUGCAAUAAGAAAAGAUGCAUCUUUAUCCUUCUUAACAAAAUUGGCAAAAAUGAAGAUUCAUAACAUCUACCAAGUCAAAACAAUUGAGACCUUCAUUGACUCUUGCUCCCCACUACCUCGCAUGCACACUGAGCCACAGUCACACUUGUUAGCCUUUUAACAUCAGUAAAUGAUAACCUAAGUAAAUGAAAAGCAGUUUUCAAAUGAUAAAAAAAUAUACCAAGCUAGGGAAUACCAAAGAAUAAGAUUAAUGCUAAAUGACUAAUGAGACACAAAGUCAUUAGAAUCAGCAUUUAAGUGCUUCACAGAUAUAAAAGAAAUUGCAGAAUAAAACCACAUCAUUAGCAAACUUUAGCCUUUAGCACUAGCAUUAUUGUUUGUUUUUUCCCUUUGUGUUUUUGCCAAACCACAGGCAAUAUCUCUCUCAUACUUGUGACCUCCCUGCGUUAAUAUACAGCCCAGCUGGGAGGAUCAUUACAGACACUUCCUUCUACAACUGAGGAGGAUUAGCUGCUCAAUGAGAGAGGUGACGAGACAUUUUUUGAGCACAUUCAUUUAUCUGAGAUGUGAAUGCACUGUUAUCAUUUAGAGGACAUCUCCAACUUGCACCGAAGAAGCAACAUACAGAACACUUCAUCGAUCAUGGAUGUGAAGAAACAGCUGUUGUCCUUUGCCCGCAUGUUCUUACCUUCUGUGGGAUUUGUAUUCACAUGCAUCGGAGCAUACCUGGUGUCCCAGCAGAACAGGCAAGGCUUUGAUCACAGGAUGGUCCCUGUUUACAUCAUGAUCGUCUUCGGCUUCCUGGCCAUGCUCAUCGGGGUGUUCUGGAGCCUCUGCCACACCAUGAGGAGCAAGAUGUACCACAGAAGAAGACACGACAGUGACAUCCAGAUCUUCACAGUUGAAAGCAGGCCGAGCUCCUUUCCUCCUCCGUACGAAGAGUCCCAGAGUCCCUGCCACGUCUGUCCAGGCAGCAUGCAUGAGGUGGUUGUAUCAGUUGAUGGAGUUCCCGUGGGUUUGGGUGUAGCGCCUCCACUGUACACCCAGAACAGUUCAGAGAGUCCAGACUGCAGGUGGAGCUGGGAGCAACCACCUCGAUACAGUCAGGUGGUCCAUACUGAACCCAGAUAGAUGGAUGCAUGGGAAGAGAUGUUGCAUCCAACACCAAAGGAGAAAUGGGUUUUCAAUCAACUCCCUAAGAGCAAAAACCACUAACUAGGAGAAGGUUCCUAAAAAAUUAUGGACAUCACUAAUUUUGUGACUUUGCUUUACUGCAAAAUGACAUCAGCUGCUGUGUCAACACCCAAUCUGCACUGUCUCAGUGGACACUGUUUUCUGGGAAUUACUGGGUGAAAACCUGUUGCGUUGGAACUGAAAUGUGUGUUUAAGUUACUUGAAUGAUUUUGAUUCUGGAUCCAAAAGCUUUUUUAGCUUUUUUAGCAGUCCAUCUUCAGUGCAAGUUGGACUGUUUGGUUUUGUAACAAGUAAGUCAGAGAACUGAAUAACACCUCUGUUAUAUUUGAGACGUUUUACAGAGUAAGAUCAUAACAUUUCCUAAAGAUGUUGCACACUGUCGUACUGCUUGUUUGUGUAAUGAUGCAUAUUUUGUUCCUCAGAUGUUCUUUUAUCAAGGCUCAAUAUUGUCAAUGUUUUUAUAUUUAUUUUUAAAAUUUUUAUGUUGCAACACACUAAAAACAGUUAAAUUGUCUUUAAUAAAUCCUGUUUUAUGUUAAACCUGAAGUUACUUUAAUUAAAACAAAUCAACUACCUUAUU